AUGGCGUGGUGGAGCCGGACGCGAGUCGUGUACGCCAUCGGCCGCAACUACGUCGCGCACGCGCACGAGCUCAACAACCCCGUCCCAAAGGCGCCGUUCUGGUUCAUCAAGCCGGCUUCGUCCAUCAUCGGCUCUGGCGCGCCGCAUCAGCUCGCGCCGGGCGCCACCGACACGCACCACGAGCUCGAGCUCGGCGUGGUCAUCGGGCGGCGCGCCACGCGCGUGAAGGCUGCCGACGCGAUGGCGCACGUCGGCGGGUACUGCCUUGCGCUCGACAUGACUGACCGCGGAGCGCAGGACGCUGCGAAGAAGGCUGGCAAGCCGUGGGCCGCGGCCAAGGGCUGGGACACGUCCUGCCCCGUCAGCGAGAUGGUUCCCGCGGCCGCAGUGGCCGACCCCUCUUCGCUCGACAUGUGGCUCCGCGUGAAUGGCGAGGCGGCACCGCGGCAGAGCGGCUCGACCGGCGUGCCGGCGCUGGUUGAGGCGGUCUCGCGCGUGCACACGCUCGAGGAGGGGGACCUGCUGCUCACGGGGACGCCCGAAGGGGUCGGGCCCGUCGGCCCGGGCGACGUCAUCACCGCGGGCAUCGACUCGCUCGGUCUGAGCCUCACGGUACCCGUCGUCGCCGCACCCAGCUGA